CGAUUCUCUAAUAUUAUAAUAUCCCACACGUCGUGCGCUGUGAGCUUGACCCUACCUUUACUUACACUCCUCUCUACUAUCAGGACGCAGUUCUGUACUUAGUCUUUGGAUAAGAUGAGGAUCUCAAAUUCCAACUCUAGCCGAACCAUGUGGCGGAAUCUUCCGAUUCGACAGCCACCGACACCCCUUGAGGAAGGUUACGACGAUACUACUGACGAUGACUAUGACCACUGCGACGAUGACCACACCUUGGUGAUUGGUAUUGAUUUCGGAACGACUUACUCUGGUGUGGCCUGGGCAACGGCGGCAGAUUUUGGCGCUGGGAAUAUCAACGUCAUCACCACCUGGCCAGGCGCCGGCCCAGAAGAGGGCAAGGCUCCGACGGAGCUCUUGUACCAAGAUGGAGAGGUCCUUUGGGGCUACGAAGUUCCUCCUGACGACGAGCCAGUCCGCUGGUUCAAGCUCCUCCUCCUCAAGGAUGAGGACUUGCCGCCCGAGAUGCGCAAGUCUAAGUUUAUCCUACGGGCUCGCGAGGUGCUCCGGAAGACGGGAAAGUCUGCCGUAGACGUCGUGGCCGACUACCUCCGGAAAUUGUCACAGCACACGUUGGAAACUAUUCAAAGAAGCCGUGAUGAAUCUGAAGUCGACGCCCUGCGGUUCCACAUCGUGAUCACUGUGCCGGCUAUCUGGAAAGGAUAUGCCAGACAGGCCAUGCAGGAAGCAGCUGAGAAGGCUGGCCUACUGAAUACGCGCGACGCCGGGCCAACCACGCUGGCUUUCGCACCUGAGCCUGAGGCUGCAGCACUGGCAACUCUGUGCGAGCCUGGCCAACGAAAAAGAGAGGGCCAAGUCUAUAUAAUCUGUGAUGCUGGCGGUGGCACAGUGGACCUCAUUAGCUAUCGGGUCGACAGCGUGAACCCGAUAACCAUGCAUGAAGCCGUGGAGGGUACAGGUGGCCUAUGCGGAGGUAUCUUCGUCGAUGAGGCCUUCGAAAGCAUGUGCAAGUCCCGUCUGGGGGGCAUGUGGAAUAAUCUGAGCACCCAAGGUAUCAGGGAAAUCAUGAGGGAGUGGGAGACGAGUAUAAAGCCAAAGUAUAAACCUAAGGGGAGGGAGAUCGAGUAUAUGGUUCGCAUACCAGCUGAAGCCUUCCAGACAUUUAGCUUCGACGACACCAGCAGGGAGCCCAUUAUUAGGAAUGGGAGAAUUCACUUUAGUGGGAAACAUAUCGAGCAGACCUUUGCUCGCCCCUUUGCUGAGAUCGGGAGUCUGAUCGACAGCCAAAUCGCGAUGACGGCUGAAAAAGGGCUGACCACUACGGGAAUCAUUCUCGUCGGCGGGCUCGGCGCUAGCCCUUAUCUAUACACGCAUCUCAAGGACAAGUAUACCAAGGAUGGUAUGAAGAUAUUGCAGGCGGACGGAAUAAGACCACGAACGGCAAUCUGUCGUGGGGCGGUCUUUAAAGGCUUCCUCGAACCCGUCGACACUGGGGACGGCCAGUUGAAGUUUUUUGACCACAUCAUCCCAGCGCCAAUCGCGGUUACCUCAACCGUGUCAAGAGCCAGUUACGGUACCGUAUGUCGAGCCACGUUCAACUCGAGGGAGCACCUAGAGGCAGACCGAGUAUGGAGCUCAGAUGAGGGCAUGUGGAAGGCCGACAACCAAAUGGCAUGGUACCUCAAGAGGGGCGAAAACGUUUCAAAGAAGUACUCUACGCGGUUUUCCUUCUAUAGACUGUAUAGUGGAGACUUCGGCGGCUCGUUUCAAUGUCCUCUCUACGAGUGCGAGGACGUGGAAACCCCUAGCCGUCGCACAACGACGGUCAAAUAUCUCUGCGACAUCGAUUGCAAGCUGACUACUCCCUACUCGGAACUCCCCGACUUCAGGACGCCGUCCGGAGAGUAUCGCAAGAAAAUGAUCUUCGAAGUCGAGAUGAUGCCAUCGGGAGCCUCGAUGGACUUCGCCGUCUACGUGAACGGGAAGAAGCAGGGGAAGAAUAAUGUUAACAUCCGAUUUACCUAGGCUGUCGAGUGCCUAGGAUGAGAUCGCCACUAGGAAAGCGUAUCUGGAGUUGGGCUCCAGUACAAAAGCGUUGUAUGUUCCUACUAGGUAUUAAUUCAAUGACCAACUAAUACUACCGCCGCUGCUGCCGGCGGCGGCAGCUAUUUUCUUGGGAAA